GACGGAGGCGGAAGCGCCUCUCGGGUCUGUGCUCGGGAGUCCUGGUAUCGCUGAGGGGGCCACCGGGGCACAGGAGAGGGCCGCCCGGGGUGGACCGGCAGCUCUCGGGUGUCAGUAUUGCGGAUCUGAGGGAUGAGGAGGGACCAUGGCCAGCGACGGGGCCAGGAAGCAGUUCUGGAAGCGCAGCAACAGCAAAGUCCCGGGCAGCAUCCAGCAUGUGUAUGGAGCCCAGCACCCACCUUUUGAUCCGCUGUUACACGGCACCUUGCUCAAGUCCGCGCCCAAGGUGCCCACUACCCCAGUGAAGGCCAAGAGGGUCAGCACCUUCCAGGAGUUUGAGAGCAAUACCAGUGAUGCUUGGGAUGCGGGCGAAGAUGAUGAUGAGCUCCUAGCUAUGGCGACAGAGAGCCUGAACUCUGAGGUGGUCAUGGAGACAGCUCACCGUGUUCUGCGCAACCACAGCCAGAGGCAGAGUCAGCCCUCACAGAAGGAGAUGCCAGAGCCAGAGCCUCAGCCCCUAGCAGAGCCUCCUGUACCUCUGAGUGGUGACCUCCGCCUGGUGAAGUCUGUCAGUGAGAGCCACACUCCUUGUCCUUCAGAAAGCACCAGUGAUCCAGUCCCUCUGCAGCGGUCCCAGUCUCUCCCCCACUCGGCCACUGUUUCACUGAGUGGGACAUCUGAUCCACAUGCCCUUGGUGGUUCAAAUCUGAGUAUGAGAGAGACCUCUCGGCUGGACAAGUUCAAACAGCUGCUUGCUGGCCCCAACACAGACCUCGACGAAUUACGGAAGCUGAGCUGGUCUGGAAUCCCAAAGUCAGUUCGUCCAAUGACAUGGAAGCUUCUCUCAGGUUACCUUCCUGCCAAUGUUGACCGGAGACCAGCCACACUGCAGAGAAAACAGAAAGAAUACUUUGCUUUCAUUGAACAUUAUUAUAACUCAAGGAAUGAUGAAGCUCACCAGGACACAUAUCGCCAGAUCCACAUUGACAUUCCUCGGAUGAGCCCUGAAGCACUGAUUCUUCAACCCAAGGUGACAGAGAUUUUCGAAAGGAUCUUGUUUAUAUGGGCUAUCCGACACCCUGCCAGUGGAUACGUUCAGGGGAUAAACGACCUGGUCACUCCAUUCUUCGUGGUCUUCAUUUGCGAGUACAUAGACCAGGAGGACGUGGAUGGGGUCGAUGUCUCCAGUGUGCCUGCAGAGGUGCUACGCAACAUUGAGGCUGACACCUAUUGGUGCAUGAGCAAGCUGCUGGAUGGCAUUCAGGACAAUUACACCUUUGCCCAGCCUGGGAUUCAAAUGAAAGUGAAGAUGCUGGAGGAACUUGUGAGCCGGAUUGAUGAGCGAGUCCAUCGCCAUCUGGACGGGCACGAAGUGCGAUACCUGCAGUUUGCCUUCCGCUGGAUGAACAACCUGCUGAUGAGGGAACUGCCCCUCCGCUGCACCAUCCGUCUAUGGGACACCUACCAGUCUGAACCCGAGGGCUUUUCUCAUUUCCACUUGUAUGUUUGUGCUGCUUUCCUCGUGAGAUGGAGGAGACAGAUUCUAGAAGAAAGAGAUUUCCAAGAGUUGCUGCUCUUCCUCCAGAACCUGCCUACUGCCCACUGGGAUGACCAGGACGUCAGCCUGCUGCUGGCCGAGGCCUAUCGCCUCAAGUUUGCCUUCGCAGAUGCCCCCAAUCACUACAAGAAGUGAGCCUGGGCCCCAUGGCAGUGGCCUCACCCUGGGGGUAGCAUUCCUUCCCUGCCUGGACAGAUGCUAGCCUCUGGAUUGGUUCUUUCCUGGUGUGACCUAGCAGAUUGGACCCAGCAGGGUCCCGAACUGGCAGGAUAGUCAGCCUCAGUUUGAUGAGAUACCAAAGAGAGCCUGGGAGAGAAUCCUAGCUUCAGAAGCUCAGUGUGGCCAGGAGUGUCCCUCACCCUGGUCCUUCCUUGCCAAAUGUCCAGCCUUAGGCCCACAGCCCAGAGGAAGUUUCCCUCAGAGAGGCCUGCUAUAUGGGUGCCAGGCAGGGGUGGGCAGCCAUCUCAGGCCUGCUGUGAAAUGCACAAAUCUAUUCUGUUGAGUGAAAGAAUAAAGUCCAGACAAAAUGCUGAGCACCACUGGGGCUAAGCACACAGAGCCUCCAAUGGCCACCAUGCUUAGUCUUAGUUUAAACAGGGCUGGACCAGGAGUUUGAUCCUGGAAGGCUGUGGAACAAAAAGAGGCCAGGGCAAGCUGAGAUCUCUCAGUCACCUCACUUUCUGUCUUUAAUUACCCCACUACCUGUCCUUGCGGUGAGGGGGUCCAAGAACCCCCAGGGAGGCAGGAGUUACUGUCAGUCAAGGCCCAGAGACUGUCUUACAGGCCCACACUUGGCCAGAGCAGGGCAGAAGUGAAUAGUUCUACAGUCCCAGCCUAUACAGGGAGGCUCUUCCCACCAUCACCUGGAUAGGAAAAGCCAGGAGCUGCUGGCUUGGGGUCCCUUCAUACCCUACUGACCUUCCCAAAUCCACUGGCUUGGAGCCGUUGCCCUGGCUGCUCCAGGGCCCUCAGACUGGCUUCCCACAUGUGCUCCCAGGAAUGCCCCAAGCUGCCUGGCCUCUGUGAUGUGGAGUCCCCAAAGAUCACCAGGCCACCUGUAGGGCAAGAGCUUCAGACUCCUAGAGCUGGCUUCUGUCCUCAGUUACCCACUAUGGCCCAGGAACAGCGCACCACUGCCCAGGCACUAGGACACUGCCCAGAGGCUGUAGGGGACACAGGGAAGAUGCGUGUUUGCGUCUAUUCAGAUUGUUCUGGGUCAGAUAGGGCAUGACAUCAGCAAAGUGUUGUGCAGGCAGUCCAUGUCCUGGACCAGCAGAAGGACAUGCUUCCUCGAACCAGUGCCUGUCCUGGGUGAGUGGCACCCAGUCAUGAGGAAAGGUGCCUCUGUGGCUCUGUGGUGAAGCGUCAUCCUUCCUGAUCCUUCCAUGGCGCCGAUCACCCCUCAGACAAAAGGGUAGGGCCAUAUAGAUCUGCCCCAUGGUGUUUUUUUUUUAUGAGAUGACAAGAACCCAUGAGGUUAACUUAAGCCCUGAAUGAAUUUUCAUGUGUUCAAAUGCUUGACUGGGUGUAAGGGACGCUGGCCACAGUCCUGUGCCCAAGCCCGUGAGCUGAGCCAGGCAGGAUGUGUGCUUUGAAUGUGAUGUGUUGGAAACAUGAAAUAAAGAUGCUUCAUAUGGCC